AUGAUUGCCAUCGGGAACUUCAACGCGAGGUCCCCCAUAUGGCACAGCAGGACCACGACUGCAAAAGGUCGUGGCCUUCUGAACUACCACAACGCACAUGACGACAUAACAAUACUCGGACCCACAGAAUCCACGUUUUACGGACCCAUCGGUCUUUCCGACGUACUAGACAUAGCCAUUCUAAAAUCCAUCUCGCUAAUUGCCCAAAGAUCCGCCGAGUACGAUGGGUCUACCGCCCACAAUCCAAUCACGCUGGAUUUGGGGCGCAGACAAGGAUGUGAAGGUACCUUCACGAGGAGGUUCACUGACUGGGGACCCUUCCGACAAUAG